CACAAACGGAUCGACACUUACCAUUCAUUCUUUCAUUUCUUCUCUUUCUUUUUUUUCAAAGUAAACAAUGCAUCUUCAUUCUUCUUUAACCAGCAACACCAUCAUUGUUACCACCAUGACGGUCUUCGUAUUACUAUCAGCAUCCUGUUUGCAAUGCAUAUCCGCCAUACCCAUCCAGACCGACGUUCAAAUCGACCGCUUAGCACAACUUGUCACGUCCCACUAUCAAUACGACCACUUUGACCCAUUGACCAACGAAUAUGCGAACGCACUGGCGAAACAAUUAAGAUUCAACGACAUACACAUUGCCCCCGACGUAGAGGACCCACCCACACUACAGGCACAAGUCAUCCAAGCCAUCCAGUCGCAUGUUGCCAACAAACUCUUGUCGAGUGCACAACCAUUGCCCUCGCUACGCGAUAUUAUUGCACAGCAUUGUCCUCCAACAACGACAACCGACGACGACAACCAAGAGGGCAUGGUCGAGGUUUCUUGUCUACAACGCAAAGCAGAGCAAUUAUCGUCGGAUCUGGACCAAUUUGUCGAAUCGUACUAUAGAACCUGGAUCCUCGAAAAGACCGAAGAAGCGCUCUCGGUUAAGAAAUUGGACGAUCGUUUAGUGUCCUUGACUGUCGAACGGUCUAAACAGAUGCAAGUCUCUUUGCAUCAAUCGCCUUGCGAGUUUCAUCGCUUUACAAGAUUUUUGAGCUUGGCGUUUUUAUAAAGAAAUCCUUAACUUGUAUAUGAAAGAGCAUGUCCAUUCACCAUAUCCACAUCCAUCCACCCCCCCUUCUUCCAAUACAAACUUUCUGUAUACUGUAAAUAGCAUCAUAAACCACCCUAGAAUGGGAAAAAAAAACACCAUUGCCGUUCCUCUCCUCCCCCUUCCCUCAUUGCUUUUUCCUUCAGAACAAAACGCCAACCACAUAACAAUGUAAAAAUAACAGGACUGUCAUAAGAAAAAAAUAAUUUUUUUCUUUCAUUGUAUAAAUUGAUUUAAUAAAGUAAAAAAAAAGACACUUUAGUUUGGAAGAGAGGCGUUCCUGCUAUAUUGGCGGACUUGGAUGUUUAUUGGAUCUAGAGCUUUGAAUAGUGUCGAUCUCCUACUCGGUGGAAGUUUAUAUAGCUCCG